GCCACACGCUACACUCGGACUGAAACCACUUCAGACCACAAGCUGCAAGACUCCGAAGCCGAGAGUAAAAGUACCAACCACAGCCCGAGCGCGCCACCAGAGCUGCUCGUUUAUUUUCCUGCAUCGGCUCUCAGUGGAAUAGCUGCAGAAACAGACGCAGAGGUUGGUAGUAAACUCUCUGGAGUUUGAUCAGAGUCGCUUUGUGCCGUUGCGCUUGUGGAAGUGAAGUGCGCCGAAAAUUCAAAUCCGGGACGUCUGGACGCGUUGGAUCCCGCAUCCCAACUUGCCCGUCGAAGACUUUGAAACGGUUGGAUGGAGUGCGCGUUUUAGAGACUCUACAGUAACUAUAAACAGACAUGGGCCCAGUUUAACGUAGUGAAGAAUCAAAACCCUCCAUCAAGGUUAAGCAUAGAGAACAAACCAGACCCUUGCAAGGUCAAAAGAAGCCCAGAUAAAUCCCUUGAACCACAAAGAAGAAUCUUAUCGAAUCCAUAAGGGUCUACCCGUCCUCCAGAAGUCAGAAGAUGGAGUGGCGGUUCAUCUCGUUGGCGCUGUACGCGUGCUUGAUGUUCAACCCCGGUAUCUGUACCCCCUCUGGGCCUGCCUCCGCCACCUGCGGCACCUUGGAGCAGAGCCGCUUCUUCGGCGUAUUCUCCUCUAAGACCGCCCUGCCUUCAUCUCCGUGCUCCUGGACCCUGCAGAACCCUGAUCCUCGCAGAUACACCGUCUACAUGAAAAUCACCAAGCCCACCGAGUCCUGCACCCCGCGCCAGAUCCGAACCUUCCAGUUCGACUCCUUCCUGGAGACCUCGCGCACGUACCUGGGAAUGGAGAGCUUCGACGAGGUGGUGCGGCUGUGUGACGCGUCCUCUGCGGUGGCCUACCUUGAGUCCAGCAAACAGUUCCUACAGCUGCGGAAAGUGACGCCACGUCUCGGUACGGAGCCCGUGGAGGUCGAUGAGGAAAAUGACGAAGGUAGCCAAUUCAGUGCUGAGUUUUUGGUUGUGGGAAAGAGGAACCCAAGCAUGCCGGCCUGCGAGAUGCUAUGUCAAUGGUUGGAAGAUUGCCUGGCAACCAGUACCCACGGAAACCCCUGCGGUAUCAUGGCAACGCCCUGCCAAUGUUGGGAACCACCCAAAAGGAAGCCAAGUGGCUGCUAUAGAGGCGGAGUUUACACAGAGAAGUGCACGCCUACCGUUAGAGACAGCAACCGAGACGCUGAGAUCAUGAGAGGCUGGAACGGCUGGGGCCGCUGGUCCGAGUGCAGUAAUGAGUGCGGCGGUGGAGUCCAGGUGCGCAGUCGCUCAUGUCAACCCGAGGAUGGUGUCUGUGAGGGGGUGGUAGAAGAGGGACGGUCCUGCAAUCCUCAACCCUGCAUUGGUCAAGUUCGACAAAGGAGUCAAGCCUUACGCGCAAUCAUUGGCCAACGGCGAGACGCUGAUGGUACCAUCAUGGCAAACCAGGCCCCUCAGAAAGAAGAAGUUCAGCAGGAUGAGUGGUCUUCAUGGAGUGGUUGUUCUGUGAGCUGUGGAGAAGGCUGGCAAACACGUUCUCGCUCCUGCAUGACGUCUGCUCACAGCACACAAUGCAUCGGACCUUUGAGAGAGAAUCGACCCUGCAACAACACUGCUGUCUGCCCAGUGAACGGCUUAUGGGACGAAUGGGCCCCGUGGAGUUUGUGCUCAUCCACAUGCGGUCGUGGUUAUCGCGAUCGUGUCCGUACCUGCAAACAGCCUCGGCACGGAGGAACUCCCUGCCGUGGGCCCGCCAAACAGACCAAGUUUUGCAACAUCGCCGUCUGCCCAGUUGAUGGUUCUUGGAACGAGUGGUCCGCCUGGAGCCCGUGCUCAUCUUCUUGCUCUAACGGAACGAUGCAGAGAAUCCGCGAGUGUAACGGUCCAUCGUACGGAGGCUCGGAGUGCAGAGGAGAAUGGCUGGAGACCAGCAACUGCUUUCUCCGAGAAUGCCCUGUGGACGGGAGGUGGCUGUCGUGGAGCACGUGGGCCAGUUGCAGUAAAAGCUGUGGUGGAGGUCACCAGCUGAGACAGAGAGUGUGCGAGGGGCCAUUUUUUAAAGGAGAGCCUUGCAACGGUGACAAAACAGAACUGCGAACCUGUAACGAGAAACGCUGUCCAGAACCUCACGAGAUCUGCGGAGAGGAGAACUAUAGCAGUGUGGUGUGGAAGAAGACCCCCGCUGGCGACACCGCGACUGUGCCCUGCCCAUCUGAUGCCACAGGCCUGAUUCUGCGGAAAUGCACGCUGGACGCCGUGGGUCUGGCCUUCUGGGAAAACCCCACUCAUGUUAAAUGCAUCUCCAAAGAAUUCCAGGAUAUCCAGACGCAGACACGCGAUCACGUGACUCAGUUGCAGCGCGGUCAGCUGGUGGACGGAGUGUCUGAGGUGCUUUCCAAACUAAGGAUGGCAUCAACUGAUGGUACGAAGUACAGCGGAGACCUGCUGGCUGUGAUGGAGGUCUUGAGGAACAGCACAGAGAUCUUUAGAGGAUCUGGAUACAGUCUGAGCAAUGCUGAUGUAGAGAAUUAUGCCAACACUAUCAGUAACUUACUGCAGGAGACACACAAAGACAAAUGGGAGGAAGCUCAGCUGAUGGGUGCAAACAUCAGAGAGUUUUUCAAUCUGGUCGAGAACUUCAUUGACAUGAUCGGACGUCAGAUGAGAGAUUUUCAGGACAUCUAUGAGGUCACCGAGAAUCUAGAGCUCAGCAUCCAGAAGCGUCCCCGAACAAUGACCUCUGACGUGACCUUUCCCAUGAAGGGCUGGCGCGGGAUGAUCGAUUGGGUCCGUAAUUCAGAAGAGAAGAUUACUGUAUCACGCAACGCCUUGAGUCUGGACGUGCCAGAUGCUGAGCAGAGCACUGGUUUUGUGACUGGCAUCGUUCUCUACAGAAAUCUGGCCCCAAUUCUGUCCUUUCAAAGUAAUAACACACUGCUGAACUCAAAGGUUGUCACGGUAACAGUGAAGCCCAACCCCGGUUUCUUGUCGGCUCCGGUCGAGAUCGAGUUCCCCCACCUGCACAAUGGCACUGUUAAUGAGACCUGCAUCGCCUGGGACGAGAGUGACAGCGCGUCCCCGUUUGGCUCCUGGUCCGCGCGCGGCUGCAGAUCGGUGUCGCGCGACUUCAGCAGCACAUGCGUGUGUGACGGACUGUCCACAUUCGCCCUGAUCGCGCGACCGAACCCCGAUCCGAACAUGGAUAAGUCUCUGUUGCCGUCGGUUACGAUGAUCGUAGGAUGUGGGGUGUCAUCUCUCACGCUCCUCCUCCUCAUCAUCAUCUACGUCUCAGUGUGGAAGUACAUCCGUUCUGAGCGCUCCGUUAUCCUCAUCAACUUUUGUCUGUCAAUCAUCUGCUCUAAUGCCCUCAUUCUGAUUGGUCAGACACAAGCUCGCAACAAGGUGAUGUGCACGUUAGUGGCGGCGUUCCUGCAUUUCUUUUUCUUGUCUUCAUUCUGCUGGGUCCUGACGGAGGCGUGGCAGUCGUACAUGGCCGUCACGGGCCGCCUGCGGAAUCGCAUCAUCCGCAAACGCUUCUUGUGUCUGGGAUGGGGUCUCCCCGCUUUAGUCGUCGCUGUUUCUGUGGGUUUCACCAAAGCUAAAGGUUACGGCACCGUUAACUACUGCUGGCUGUCUCUCGAGGGCGGUCUCUUGUACUCGUUCGUGGGUCCGGCCGCUGCCGUUGUCCUGGUGAACAUGGUGAUCGGUAUUCUGGUUUUCAACAAGCUUGUGUCCAAGGACGGUAUCACCGAUGUGAAACUGAAGGAGCGGGCCGGGGCGUCGCUGUGGAGCUCUUGUGUGGUUCUGCCUCUUCUUGCUCUCACGUGGAUGUCAGCGGUGUUGGCCAUCACAGACAGGCGAUCUGCUCUAUUCCAGAUCCUCUUCGCUGUGUUCGAUUCUCUUGAGGGCUUCAUCAUUGUCAUGGUGCACUGCAUCCUGCGUCGAGAGGUUCAGGAGGCAGUGAAGUGUCGCGUUGUGGACCGUAAAGACGACGGCAAUGGCGAUUCUGGCAGCUCGCUACAGAACGGCCACACGCAGCUCAUGUCUGAUUUCGAGAAGGACGCUGACUCAAACCGACCAGGUUGUAUGAAGAGCUCUUCAGAGGAAAAGAUGCCCCCACCUCAGCUUCCCCUGCCCCUCGGUCCAAACUUCCACACGCUUCCAUCUAACCCCGGCAGCAAGAGCCAUAUUCCUCCCGUUCCCGAAUACUCGAGCCACACUCUUACUCUGCGCAGGGAGAAGGGGCGCGGGGUGGACCCAUCCUGCGGCAAACCCGUGUACGUGUGCGACAGCGAGCUCUUCAAGCAGCUGGACGCGGACCUGGCCCGGGUUCAGGCCGAGAGCGUCUGUCCGGACGGCAGCGGUUACGUGCUCCUCCCGAACACCACCUCCACGCUGCGCUCCAAACCCAAAGACGACUCUAGCGGCUCCGGCAAGUACAGCGUGAGCACCGAAUUGCCGCAGGCCCGUCUCAUGCACCUGAGCGGAACCUUCGCCGAACCGCAGGCCGCAUAUGCCGUCAAAACUCUGCCCGCCGACCGCGUCAGCGUGUCCUACUCCGAGCGUGACUCGCCCAUUCAGAACAUUCACAACAUCUCUAGCGAAAGUCACGUGACCAGCAGCCUGGGCGACACCUUUGACUCGAUGAACUCCAUGAUGUCCAAGAGCGAAACCAUCUCCACGCUGUCCAUGAGCUCUCUGGAAGUUAGCGAGGGGAGACAGAAGUCUCGCUAUGCAGAACUGGACUUUGAGAAGAUCAUGCACACGAAAAAACGCCAUCAGAAUAUGUUUCAGGAUCUCAACAGAAAGAUGCAUCAUGCCGAGAAAGACAGAGAAUCGCCAGCCUCCGACAGUAAGUCCAUGAGAUGGAGCGUUUCCUCAGCGGGAAGCGACAAAACAAACCACAGCGAUAAGCAGCAGGGUCCGAUGGAUCGGUCGUGGGAGACCAUGAGCAGAUCGCAGGUGUCCCCUCCCGGCUGGGUCAGGAAAGACAUGGAGCCGCUGCAGGCGUCUCCUCUCGACCUCCAGGGAGUGGAAUGGGAAAAGGCCGGAGCCAGCAUCCCUCUCGUGGGCCAAGACAUUAUCGACCUGCAGACAGAGGUGUGAGGGCUUUACUACAGACCCCAAACAUCUCAUCUGCCGUUGAUUUGAAAAGAGAGCCGUGCAGAAGAAGCGAGGGCAGAAGGGGACGUGUCGUACCCGUCUGUCUUUUGAAUCUGUGUCUCUCUGGCUUCAGUAGCAGCUCUCGGCUCAAGAUGAGUCGGUAUAGGGCAUCUAAACAGAGCAGAAGCUUUUCCAAACUGUUUUAGGUGCUCCGCGUGAGGAGAGAUUCCAGUUGGUUGAUCGAGAGCUUUACCCGACGCUCUUCCAUCUGCUCCAGGAGGGGUGUGGAUGCCCGCCUGAGCCCUUUCGUUUUUGUGACUCCAGCUGGGAAUUGCGAAUCUUCGCAGAGGAGGGUCGACCGAUUCCUCGGCCGUCGGGAAGCAGACGUUUCCUGCAAGCCUCCGAGUGUUUUCUUCAGGCUGUGCCAAAUGGACACGCGUGAACUGAAAUCGCUGUGGGUUCCGUUGAUUUGUGUGGGGAACUUCCGGAUGCUUCCGUUAAACUUUUAGGGGAUAUGUUUGUACUGUAAAACGAGCUGAGCGUUUACUUUUCAUUAUUCCUUCUGUUAGUAGUAUUAUUAUGAUUAAUUUAUUAUUAUUUGUUCUUGUUAUCAAUGACAUGAUUGUUCAACAACCUCGUUUUUAAGUGCUGUGUCAAAUAAUUAAUUCAUCCCCAUAUCAGUAGCAGAAAGAAGCAACUUGAGCGCGACUGACAGUGAAGAUUAUCAAACAGAAUUUUUGCUGAACGGCAUUCUGGGUGAUGUAGGCCGAGCAACACGACUGUGUUGUUUUCCUCUUCUGCUUCAUUCCCACCGUCAGCUCUGUCUCCGAUCUUGUGAAGGAAAAUCCCCAGCACAGACUGUAUGGAUUUCCAAUCUGUGAACUUCCACAGUGCCGGCGUUAAGAGUCCCAGUGCAACCGAUAGCAUGGCAUCACUAUGAAACAAGGACAGAUACUUGAUAUCUGAGUAUAUUUUCUUGAUAUCUUAUAUAUUUUCUAUCAUGUUUAUAGAGCAUAUAGACACUUUGUCAAAAUGGACUAAAUUAGCAAUUCAAUGAGAUGGGAACAUAAUGGACAACACAAGGCUUUGCUGCUAACAGAAAUGUCAAGAAAAGCAAAAGAUGACAUCUCAUUCUCUCUCUAUAUAAAGACAGAGUUAUAGCUUAUAGAUUUAUGAACUGUGCCCUCCAAUUUUUCUACUUGAUCUCAUAUUGUUGAGACACUGAAUACUUGUUCACCUGUACGAUCUCUUGUUUUAUAAACAUAUGUAUGUGUGUGUGUGUGCGCGUGCGCGUGUGUGUUAAUAUCUUUGCUCACAUCCGAAUUAGCGUUAACUUCCUGAAGUCUGAAUCUCCAGUAUGUCUCUGUGGAUUUGAUUGAAAGUUUGAUGAACUAUAGGUGAAAGUGUCUGGUUUCUAAUAAAAUAAACUACAGUAAAAUUA